UGCGCUCAUCGGGUUGGCUGAAAACCUUUCGAAGUCACGUGACAGACGGCGUCGGGAGCAGGAAAGAUGGCGGCGUCCAAGGUGAAGCAGGACAUGCCUCCAUCUGGAGGUUAUGGGCCGUUCGAUUACAAGCGAAAUCUUCCCAAAAGAGGCUUUUCUGGAUACACCAUGUUCGGAAUCGGUAUCGGGGUCAUGAUACUCGGCUAUUGGAGGCUUUUUAAAUGGAACAGAGAAAGGAGGCGGCUGCAGAUCGAGGAGCUGGAGGCCAGGAUAGCUCUCCUGCCACUUCUGCAGGCCGAACACGACAGGAGGACGCUACGGAUGCUACGCGAAAACCUAGAGGAAGAGGUCAGAAUCAUGAAGGACGUCCCUGGCUGGAAGGUGGGCGAGAAUGUGUUCCACACAGAGCGCUGGGUACAGCCUGUCUCCGAUGAACUCUUCAACCUUCGGCCGAAGGAUGAGCUCCACCGCAAGAAGUUUGGGUUCCAGUGGUACGUGUAGGACCCGCCCAAGCUCCAUCCAAGCUCCACCCCAGUCUUCCAUCAAAACAUCUGUCUUUGAAUCCUGGAGGACAGGAGUUUGCCCACUUGUCUUGUAAAUGUCAGUAAUUAAAUAUUUUUUUCUCUACUUCACAAA